AUGCAAGCCUUUGAAAGAUAAAUAUCAUAAACAUUGGCCGACUACUAUUUGAUAUUUCUCUGUACGUACAUUCGAUUUCUUUAUUAGCUCAAAACCUAAAUUAUUUAUAAAUUGAAUGAUUCAACACUGAUUUCGGGACCGCCGAUAGUCUCCGGCGAUGGAACCACCAGUCCUUUUGGAAGACUUCGGUCAGAAGGUGGAUCUGACGCGUAGGAUCCGAGAGGUGCUAUUGAAUUAUCCAGAGGGCACCACCGUGCUGAAGGAGUUGAUACAGAACGCCGAUGAUGCCGGCGCCACCAGAGUCUGCCUCUGCCUUGAUCGGAGGACUCACGGGACCCACUCCCUACUAUCUGACAAGCUCGCCCAGUGGCAGGGUCCGGCGCUGUUGGCGUACAAUGAUGCUGUUUUCACUGAGGAAGAUUUUGCUAGUAUUUCGAGGAUUGGUGGUAGUGUUAAACACGCCCAGACUUGGAAGACUGGUCGGUUUGGGGUGGGUUUCAAUUCGGUGUAUCACCUGACAGACUUGCCCUCUUUUGUAAGUGGAAAACAUGUGGUACUAUUUGAUCCCCAGGGUGUUUAUCUUCCCAAUAUUUCUGCUGCUAAUCCUGGAAAGCGAAUUGAGUAUGUUAGUUCUUCAGCCGUCUCACUGUAUAAAGAUCAAUUUUUUCCAUAUUGUGCUUUUGGUUGUGACAUGAAAAGCCCUUUUGCUGGAACUUUGUUCCGUUUUCCUUUGAGAAAUGCAGAUCAAGCUGCAAAUAGCAAGCUCUCAAAACAACCCUAUCUGGAAGAUGAUUUAUCUUCCAUGUUUGUUCAGCUUUACGAGGAAGGAGUUCUAUCACUCCUUUUUCUUAAAAGUUUACUAUCAAUAGAAAUGUAUAUAUGGGAUACGGGCAUGCCUGAACCGAGAAAAAUUUAUCGUUGUUCCAUUGAUUCGGCAAAUGAUAAUGUGGUCUGGCAUCGCCAGGCACUUCUGAGACUCUCAAAAUCUGCAUAUUCUUGUAAUGGAGAGAUGGAUGCGUUCUCGUUGGACUUCUUGAGUGAGGCUAUGACUGGAAGUGUUUCUCAUAUGGAGACCAACAAGUUCUACAUUGUGCAAACAAUGGCUCCGGCAUCCAGUAGAAUAAGUGCUUUUGCAGAAUCUGCAGCAAAGGACUAUGACAUGCAUCUAUUGCCUUGGGCAUCAGUUGCAGCAUGCGUAUCAGACAAUUCACACAAUGAUGACUUUCAUAAGCUAGGCCGGGCAUUCUGUUUUCUCCCAUUGCCUGUAAAAACUGGUCUUCAUGUGCACAUCAACGGAUAUUUUGAGGUUUCUUCAAAUCGUCGUGGCAUUUGGUAUGGUGAUGAUAUGGACAGAUCUGGAAGAAUUCGUUCUGUCUGGAACAAGCUUCUCCUGGAAGAUGUCGUUGCUCCUAGUUUUGCUAAAUUACUAAUUGGUGUGCAACCAUUGCUAGGUCCAACAACGCACUAUUAUUCUUUGUGGCCCAUUGGUUCGUUUGAAGAUCCAUGGAAUUCGUUAGUCGAGCACAUUUACAGGGGCAUAAGUGGUUCACCUGUCUUAUAUUCAGAUAUUGAAGAUGGAAAGUGGAUUUCGCCUGGAGAAGCUUUUCUUCACAACAUAGAUAUUUCAGGAAGUAAGGAUCUAGGUGACAUUCUUGCCCAGCUUGGAAUGCCUGUUGUUCAUUUGCCUAAUAACUUAUUUAAUAUGCUCCUAAACUGCAAAUCUGGUAUUCGUCAGAAAGUAGUGACACCUGAUUCCGUACGUCAUUAUUUGAGACGCUGCAAAUUUACAAAUACAAUAGACAGAUCCUCCAAGCUUAUGCUGUUGGAAUAUUGCCUUGAGGACUUGAUUGACAAUAAUGUGGGUACUGAUGCAUCUUACCUGCCUUUGAUUCCGUUGGCAAAUGGUGACUUUGGAUCAUUGUCCAGAUCCUCAGAAGGGAUUACUUAUUUUAUUUGCAAUGAGUUGGAAUAUGAGCUUCUUCAACAAAUCUCUGAUAGAUUAGUCGAUAGGAGUAUUCCCCUCCACCUAUUAACCAGAUUAACGGCGAUAUCAAAGGUUUCAGGGGCAAAUCUAGCCAUUUUUAGUUCAAGUGAAUUUGUUGCCUUAUUUUCUGAAUUUGUACCUGCUGUAUGGAAAUACAAGAAGAAAGUCCUUUGGGACCCAGAUUCCAAUUGUACUCAUCCAACUUCUUUGUGGUUUGUGCUUUUCUGGCGUUAUCUGCGUGAGCAAUGUGAAAAGUUGUAUCUUUUCGAAGAUUGGCCUAUACUACCAUCACUCAGUGGGCAUCUGUAUAGGCCUUCUAGGCAGGAAAGAUUUUUGAAUGUUGAAAAUCUCUCCGAUGAAAUGCAACAUAUUCUUGUCAAGAUAGGAUGCAAGAUACUGAACACCAAAUAUUGCGUUGAACAUUCAGAUAUAUUUCACUAUAUGUAUGAGGCUGAUGGCGCUGGUGUUUUAAAUUCUAUAUUUGAUGUCUUGACUAAAGAUGGCAUUAGUAAACUUCUUCAGUGUUUGCAAGCAGAGGAGAAGGAUGUGCUUCGCAGAUUUCUUCUGGAUCCCACAUGGUAUGUUGGAAAGCAAAUGGAUGAUUCUCACGUAGAGAAUUGCAAGUGGCUUCCAAUUUAUAGAUUUUAUGGUGGAGAAGCUGCUGAAAAUUCCAACUAUUCCGAUUUAGUAAAUCCCUGUAAGCAUUUACCUCCAUCUGAUUGCCCAGAGUGCCUGUUUUCUGACACCUUCCUCUGUAAUUUAUCCAACACUGAAGAAGAGAUGCUAACUAGGUACCAUGGAAUCAAACGAAUGAGAAAGGCACAAUUUUUCAAGCAGCAUGUUUUGCAUAGGAUAAAGCAGUUGGAAACUGAUGUUCGUGAUGGUGUCAUGCUUUCUAUUAUUCAAGAGCUACCGCAAUUAUGUGUUGAGGAUGCAUCUUUUAGGGAGCUUUUGAGAAAUUUAGAAUUUGUUCCCACGAGUAGUGGAGCUCUAAAAUGUCCAGCAACAUUAUAUGAUCCUAGAAACGAGGAAUUGUUUGCUUUACUGGAAGAUUCUGAUACUUUUCCUUGUCCGCCUUUCAAGGAAUCAGGAAUUUUGGACAUGUUGCAAGGUUUGGGGCUCAAGACAACUGUGUCUAUUGAUACAGUCAUAGAAAGUGCUCGUAAUGUGGAACACUUAAUGCGAGAAAGUCAGGAAAAAGCGCAUUCACGUGGAAAGGUGCUUCUUUCCUUUCUGGAGGUGAAUGCAUUAAAGUGGCUACCUGAUACACCCGAGGAUUAUCAUGGAACAGUGAAUCAAAUAUUCUCAAGAGCCUCAAAUGCAUUUAAAUCUCGCCAUUUAAAAUCUGACUUAGAGAAGUUCUGGAAUGAUCUCAGGCUGAUUUCAUGGUGCCCUGUCCUUAUUUCCCCUCUCCAUAGGUCUUUACCAUGGCCUACUGUCUCAUCUAUGGUUGCACCUCCUAAACUUGUGAGGCUAUCUUCAGACAUAUGGCUUGUUUCUGCAAGCAUGCGGAUACUAGAUGGAGAGUGCUCUUCUUCUGCAUUAUCAUUUCAACUUGGCUGGUCCUCACCUCCUGGAGCAACUGUAAUUUCUGCCCAAUUGCUUGAGCUUGGGAAAAACAAUGAGAUUGUCUCUGACACAUUGCUUUGGAAAGAAUUGACUUUAGCAAUGCCCAGAUUAUACUCUAUUUUGAUGGGCUUUGUUGGUUCAGAUGAGAUGGAUAUUGUAAAGGCUGUUCUAGAAGGUUGCCGAUGGAUAUGGGUUGGAGAUGGGUUUGCUACUUCAGAUGAGGUUGUCCUUAAUGGUCCUCUUCAUUUGGCUCCCUAUAUUCGCGUUAUACCUGUUGAUUUAGCUGUUUUCAGUGACUUGUUUUUGGUGCUUGGCAUUCGGGAAUAUUUACGGCAUACUGAUUAUGCUAAUAUAUUAGGUAGAAUGGCCAAAAAUAAGGGUACUGUUCCUCUGGAUACUCAGGAAUUCCGAGCUGUUAUAAUGAUUGCUCAACAUCUGGCUGGAGCUCACUACAAUGAAACUCAAAUUAAUAUAUAUCUUCCAGAUGUAUCAGGCAGACUAUAUAAUGCUGCUGAGUUAGUAUAUAAUGAUGCUCCUUGGUUGCUUGAUUCCGAAGGUUCUGACAGCUUAUUUUGUAAUGCAAAUAUUUCCUUAAGUGCUAAGCAAGCUGUUCAUAAGUUUAUUCAUGGGGACAUUUCUAAUGAUGUUGCUGAAAAGCUUGGAGUACGUUCAUUCCGGAGGAUUUUGCUUGCUGAGAGUGCUGACUCGAUGAAUUUGAGCUUGUCUGGAGCAGCUGAAGCAUUUGGACAGCAUGAAUCGUUGACUACCAGACUUAGACAUAUACUUGAAAUGUAUGCUGAUGGGCCUGGAGUUCUCUUUGAGCUCGUACAAAAUGCUGAAGAUGCAGGAGCAUCUAAUGUGAUCUUUUUAUUGGACAAAACUCAGUAUGGGACUUCAUCUCUUCUCUCUCCUGAAAUGGCUGAUUGGCAGGGUCCAGCUUUGUAUUGUUUCAAUGACUCUAUUUUCAGCCCCCAAGAUCUAUAUGCUAUUUCUCGCAUUGGUCAGGAGAGCAAAUUGGAGAAGCCACUUGCUAUUGGAAGAUUUGGGCUGGGAUUUAAUUGUGUUUAUCACUUUACAGACAUUCCAACUUUUAUUUCGGGAGAAAAUAUUGUGAUGUUUGAUCCACAUGCUUGUAAUUUGCCUGGAAUUUCUCCUUCUCACCCAGGCCUCCGGAUCAAAUUUGUGGGUAAAAAUGUUUUGGAACAAUUUCCCGAUCAGUUUUCUCCAUUUCUGCACUUUGGAUGUGAUUUACAGCAUCCAUUUACUGGUACAUUGUUUCGUUUUGCACUUAGGUCUACAAGUGUUGCCUCCAGAAGCCAAAUAAAGAAAGAGGCAUAUGCGCCUGCUGAUGUACUAUCACUAUUCUCUUCCUUUUCUGAGGUUGUUGGUGAGACGCUACUGUUUCUGCGAAAUGUAAAAACAAUAUCCAUUUUUGUCAAAGAAGGGCCAGAUAGUGAAAUGCAAUUACUACACUCCGUUCGCAAGAAUUGUGUUAGUGAGCCUGAAGCUGAAAACAAUCCAUUUAAUCACAUUUUCAGCUACAUGUACGGUAACCAGCAAGAUCAAAUGGGUAAGGAUCAGUUCCUUAACAAGUUGAGCAAAACCAUUGAUAAAGAUGUGCCAUGGAUGUCUCAGAAGAUUUUGAUGUCUGAACAGAGUCCAUCUGGCUGUAGUUCGCGUUUGUGGUUGACGAUUGAAUGCUUAGGUAGUUUCCGGGAUAAGAAUAAAUCAACCCCUGAGAAACAUUUUGACAAAAAAUUUUACAAGUUUGCCCCCUGGGCCUGUGUAGCUACACCUUUGCAAUUUGUGGAGAUUGAGAAGAAGUUGGAUGGCAGUGAGGCAAAUUUGGAGGAAUCUUUUCUUGUUACCUCUGACAUUCUUGAGGUACCUGUAGCUUCUACUCGAAGCGCAUUGACUUUUGAAGGUCGUGCUUUUUGUUUCUUACCUCUGCCAAUUAAUACUGGUUUGCCAGUUCAUGUUAAUGCCUAUUUUGAGUUGUCGUCAAACCGCAGGGAUAUAUGGUUUGGUGAUGACAUGGCAGGGGGUGGGAAAAUGCGCUCAGACUGGAACAUUUUCCUUCUUGAGGAAGUUGUUGCUCCAGCUUAUGGUCAUCUGCUUGAGAAAGUUGCUCUUGAUAUCGGCCCAAGUGAUCUUUUUUUUUCCUUUUGGCCAAUAGCAGGAGCUGUUGAGCCUUGGAUAUCACUGGUACGGAAACUCUACCAGUUUGUUUCUGAUAGUGGUCUUCAGGUGUUGUACACGAAAAGCAGAGGGGGGCAGUGGAUUUCAACCAAGCAGGCCAUUUUCCCAGAUUACACUUUUGACAAGGCUUGGGAACUUUCAGAAGCAUUAUCAGAUGCCGGUUUACCUAUGGCAACUGUUCCAAAGGAGGUUGUUGAUAAAUUUAUGGAAAUCCGUCCAUCACUGCAUUUUCUCACUCCUCAAUUACUACGAACCUUGUUAAUUCGGAGGAGACGUGAAUUUAGCGAUAGAAAUGCAAUGAUCUUGACUCUUGAAUACUGCUUGCUUGACCUACGAACUCCAGUUAUGUCAAACAGUUUCUAUGGAUUACCCUUGAUACCCCUUUCAGAUGGUUUAUUUGCGAAAUUGGAGAGAAAAGGGUCGAGUGAACAAAUAUAUGUUACUCAGGGAGAGGGAUAUGAUCUUCUGAAGGAUUUAGUUCCACAUCAACUUGUAGACUCAGGGAUUGCUGCUUCUAUUCACAGCAAGUUGUGUGAUCUAGCUGAAACUGAAGACUUCAACCUCUAUAUCCUGACAUGUCCAUUGCUUGAGAAGCUCUUUGUGAGAUUGCUCCCUGCAGAAUGGCAUUGUGCUACGCAGGUAACUUGGGACCCUGGUAAUCAAGGUCAUCCUAGUUUGGAAUGGGUAAGACUUCUUUGGAGCUAUCUGAGAUCAUGUUGCAAUGAUAUUUCUUUGUUUUCUAAGUGGCCCAUCUUGCCAGUUGAAAAUAAUUAUCUCAUGCGGCUUGUUGAAAAUUCCAAUGUGGUCAGAGAUGGUGGGUGGAGUGAGAAUUUGUCAUCUUUGUUGCACAGAGCUGGAUGCUUGAUAUUGAGGCGUGACAUCCCCAUAGAACAUGUACAAUUGAAACAUUAUGUGCAGCCUUCAACAGCAAUAGGUGUUCUAAAUGCAUUGCUGGCAGUCGCAGGUCAGCCAGGUAACAUUGAGGGGCUCUUUGGUGAUGCUUCGGAUGGGGGCUUGCAUGAACUUAGGAGUUUUAUUCUCCAGUCAAAGUGGUUCUCGGAAGACUUGAUGGAAAACAGCCAUAUUAAUAUUAUCAAGCACCUUCCCAUGUUUGAGUCGUUCAAAAGUAGAACACUUGUAUCUCUAAGUGGAUCCCUCAAAUGGCUUAAACCGGACUCUGUGCCAGAUUAUCUCUUGGAUGAUGACUUCAUAAGAGUGGAUUCAGAUAAAGAAAGAACGAUACUGCAAAAAUAUUUAGGGAUUGAAGAACCAUCAAGGGUGAAUUUCUACAAAGAUUAUGUACUUAACCGCAUGCCGGAGUUCAUUUCUAAGGAAGGUUUUCUCCCAGCCAUUUUGAGUGAUAUCAGGUUCCUCAUUGAGGAGGAGAACACUUGCAAAGCAGUGUUUUCUGCAACACCGUUUGUUCAGGCAUCUGAUGGAUCCUGGAAAGAGCCUUAUAGGUUUUAUGAUCCUCGGUUUCCUGAACUAAAAUUGUUACUGCACAAAGGAGCAUUCUUCCCCUCUGAGAACUUCUCCGGCCCUGAAACUCUGGAAACUUUAGUCAAUUUUGGACUUCAUCAAAGCUUAGGUCUUACUGGUCUACUUGAUUGUGCUAGGUCCGUCUCAAUGUUACACGAUUCAAGGGACUUAGAAACAGGAGUUUAUGCUAGGAGGCUGCUUGGAUGUUUGAAUGCAGUUGCGUUAAAGCACUCGCAUGUGGAAGUGUGUGUUGAUUGUGUAGAUGCUACAGAAUCUCCACGGAAUGUUCUUACUGGAGGUGAGGAAGAGUUGUCCAUGGAGAACCUUUAUGAAGAUGGCCUGGACAUCAGGGUAAUUGUCAGCAACUUAGUCGAUGAUAUGAACAGAGAAGAGUUUUGGUCAGAGCUUAGGACUAUUAGCUGGUGUCCUGUAUAUACUAAUCCGCAAGUUCAGGGGCUUCCAUGGUUAGCCUCAGCCCAUCAAGUAGCAGCACCAGAUGAGGUCAGACCAGAAACACAGAUGUGGAUUGUUUCAUCUAAGUUGCAUAUACUGGAUGGUGAAUGUUCUGAAUGUUUACAGCUCAAACUUGGUUGGAUGAAUAGUCCAGGUGUAGAAAUUUUGUCUGGGCAAUUAGUUGCACUAUCUCAAUGCUAUACUGAGCUCAAGUUGCAUUUUAUUGCAGAGCUGCAGAAGCAGAUACCAUUAAUCUAUUCAAGUUUGCAAGAAUGCAUUGACACUGAUGAUCUUCAAUUUCUGAGAACUUCCUUGAAUGGUGUUCACUGGGUUUGGAUUGGAGAUGAAUUUGUGGCCCCAGAUGCACUUGCAUUUGAUUCCCCUGUGAAAUUUAGCCCCUACUUGUAUGUUGUACCAUCUGAGCUAUCAAUUUUCCAGGACUUGCUUUUGGCAUUAGGCGUUAGACGUAGUUUUGAUGUUUUUGACUAUUUUCAUGUCUUGCAACGUGUGCAAAAUGAUUUAAGAAAUUGUGCCCUCUCGUCUGAUCAGUUGAGUUUUGUUCAAUGUGUACUAGAAACCAUCGCAGAUAAGUACUUGGAUGGUUUGGUACGUGAAGGUCCUCAUAUGCUGCUUAUUCCAGAUUCUUCUGGGGUUCUUGCAGCUGCAGGAGAGCUUGUUUAUAAUGAUGCACCAUGGAUGGAGACCAAUACCUCUGUCAGGAAGCGCUUUGUUCAUCCCUCCAUCGGCUAUGAUCUCGCCACCAGAUUGGGAAUCCAGUCGCUUCGUUGCCUUUCCCUAGUCAGUAAAGAAAUGACGAAAGAUGUUCCAUGUAUGGACUAUAGUAAAAUAUGUGAGCUACUGGAACUAUAUGGAAACACUGAGUUUCUUCUUUUUGACUUACUUGAAUUGGCGGACUGCUGCAAGGGUAAAAAACUUCACCUCGUUUUUGACAAGAGGGAACAUCCACGUCAAUCUCUGCUGCAGCACAAUCUUGGUGAAUUUCAAGGGCCUGCACUGGUGGCCAUCCUAGAAGGGGUCAGAUUAAGUGGAGAUGAAGUUGCUAGUCUCCAGUUUCUUCCACCAUGGAGUGUAAGGGGAGAUACUCUCAACUACGGCUUAGGAUUAUUAAGCUGUUUCUCCAUAAGUGAUCUGCUAUCAGUCAUAUCUGAUGGCUGCUUGUACAUGUUUGAUCCUCGGGGUUUAGCUCUUGCCACUCCUGCAGGUCGAACACCCUCUGGGAAAGUAUUUCCACUGAAAGGUACUGAUUUGACUGAGCGGUUCCGUGAUCAGUUUAUUCCAAUGCUGAUUGGUGAAAGUAUGCCAUGGUCGUCAGCUGAUUCCACGAUCAUACGCAUGCCUCUUUCUGCUGAAUUCAUGGAAGAUGAAAUCGAAACUGGUUUGAAGAAGUUGGUGAUGAUAUUUAACAAAUUCAUGGAGAAUGCUUCUAGAGCAAUACUCUUUUUGAAGUCAAUUUUGCAGGUAUCUUUGUCAACAUGGGAGCAUGGAAGCCCACAAUCAUCCCUAGAAUUUUCAAUUAAUAUUGAUCCUUCUCUUGCCAUCGUCAGAAAUCCUUACUCGGAAAAAAAGUGGAAAAAAUUUCAACUAUCAAGCUUGUUUAGCAGUUCGAGUGCGGCAAUCAAGAUGCAAGUCUUAGAUUUGAACUUGUAUCAGGGAGGAGCUAGAUUUGUUGACCGAUGGAUUAUUGUGCUUAGCAUGGGUUCUGGGCAAACAAGAAACAUGGCACUUGAUAGUCGGUACCUGGCAUACAAGCUGACUCCUGUUGCUGGAGUUGCAGCACAGAUAUCGCAUAAUGGCCACCCCACCACGACCCAUCUAUCAAGCUCCAUCAUGUCUCCUCUUCCUCUAUCAAGCUGUAUAAACAUUCCCAUAACUGUGCUGGGGUAUUUCCUUGUACGUCAUAAUCGAGGUCGUUUCCUUUUCAAGUUUCAAGACUCUGAAACUGCAUUGGAGGUACAGUCUGAUGCUGCAAGUCGCUUAAUUGAGGCUUGGAACAGAGAGCUGAUGUCCUGUGUUUGUGAUUCCUAUAUUAAAUUGAUAUUGGAGAUGCAGAAGUUAAGGAAAGAACCACUGACUUCUGUUUUCGAACCGAAUUUAGGUCGUUCUAUAAGUGAAAUGUUGAUGGCUUAUGGAAGUGAAAUAUAUUCUUUUUGGCCCAGGUCAAGUGGGAACUCAGUGCUUAAGCAACCUGUAAAUGUCAAGGAUUCAAUUUCUAUGAAGCCUCCUAAAGCAGACUGGCAGUGUCUUAUUGAACAAGUUAUUAGGCCAUUUUAUGCUCGCCUGAUUGAUCUUCCAGUUUGGCAACUUUAUUCUGGGAAUCUAGUCAAGGCAACGGAGGGUAUGUUUCUUUCACAACCUGGAAGCGGGGUAGGUGAAGGCUUGCUACCGGCAACUGUUUGUGCCUUUGUUAAAGAGCAUUAUCCUGUUUUCUCAGUGCCGUGGGAAUUGGUGACAGAAAUUCAGGCAGUGGGGGUCACAGUCCGAGAAAUCAAGCCUAAGAUGGUCCGAGACCUACUUCGGGUUUCUUCAAUGUCUAUUGUUCUUCGGUCAGUUGAUACUUAUGUGGACGUUCUUGAGUACUGUUUAUCUGAUCUUCAGCUCCUGGAAAAAUCUGGAUCCAGAGGACUCCAUACUACAGGGGACCGGAGCAGCCCAGAUUUUAGUACUGCAAGCAAACCAGAGGAAAGUUUUCCCUUUGCUGUAUCAACUCCAAAUUCAGGUAGGCUUGGGAUAUCUACCCCAAGAUCAACUAAUUCCGGAGGAGACGCAAUUGAAAUGGUGACAAGCUUGGGGAAAGCUAUAUUUGAUUUUGGUCGUGGAGUUGUUGAAGAUAUAGGCAGGCCAGGAGGCUCUUCCUCUCAGAGGUACCCUAUGACAGGUAGUACUAGCAAUGGCUUGGGUACAAUUGAGGACAGGAGGCUUCUCUCUAUGGCUUCCGAGAUCAAAGGCUUACCCUGUCCGACUGCAACAAGUUGUCUCAUAAAACUGGGGUUUAAUGACGUUUGGAUUGGAAACAACGAGCAACAAACUCUAAUGAUUUCUUUAGCUGGCAAGUUCAUCCACACUAAAGUGAUGGAGAGACCAGUCUUAGUAAAUAUUUUUUCUAACAGCUCUCUGCAGUCAUUCUUGAAGUUCCAAUCUUUCUCUUUUAGCUUGCUGGCUAACAAUAUGGGGCUUUUAUUUAAUGAAAAUUGGGUGAAUCAUGUAAUUGAUUCGAAUAAUGCUCCCUGGUUUUCAUGGGAGAAAAUUGCAAGUCCUGGCAGUGAAUGGCCGUCUCCUGAAUGGAUUAGACUUUUCUGGAAAAUCUUCAGUGACUCAUCAGAAGAUAUCUCUAUGUUCUCUGAUUGGCCUCUUAUUCCUGCUUUUCUUGGUCGCCCGAUCCUAUGUCGCGUAAGAGAUCGUCAUCUUGUCUUUGUACCACCCCCUUUUAGCAAUUUGAGUUCUUCCAUUGCUCCUUCUGAAGAGGGUACUUUUGAGUCUAACCAAUCAGAAUUUUCUUCUGAAUCUGAUGUGGUUCAGUCAUAUUUGUUGUCCUUUAGGUUCAUAGAAGAAAGAUACCCUUGGUUAUUGUCAUUGCUUAACCAGUGCAAUAUACCUAUCUAUGAUACUACUUUCAUGGAUUGUGCUGCUCCAUCUAAGUGUUUACCAACAGCAGACUUGUCAUUGGGGCGAAUUAUAGCAUCCAAGCUUGUUGCAGUCAAACAAGCAGGGAAUUUUCCUGAACUUAAUUCCUUUUUACCUUCAGACUGUGAUGAGCUUUUCAAUUUGUUUGCUUUUGAUUUCUCUUCCUGUGGUUCCGAGUAUGGAGAACAAGAACUUGACGUACUACGUGAUCUUCCCAUUUAUCGAACUGCCUGUGGUACAUAUACCCGGUUGCAAAGCCAGGAUCUGUGCUUUAUCUCUUCAAACACAUUCCUCAAGCCAUUUGAUGAUCGGUGUCUUUCUUACAGUGCUGAUUCUACUGAAAGUUCUUUACUUCGAGCACUUGGUAUCCCUGAGUGUGCUGAUCAGCAGAUUCUUGUAAAAUUUGGAUUGCCUGGGUUUGAAGGAAAACCCCAGCCUGAACAGGAGGAUAUCUUGAUAUACCUUUAUGCAAAUUGGCAAGAACUCCAACAAGAUUCAUCAAUAAUUGAAGCGCUUAAAGAGACUAAUUUUGUGAAAACUGCUGAAGAACAAUUGGCAGACAUGUGUAAGCCCAAAGAUCUGUUUGACCCAGGUGAUGCAUUAUUAACAUCUGUAUUCUCUGGAGUAAGGAAGAAGUUUCCUGGAGAGAGAUUUAUUUCAGAUGAAUGGCUUCGAAUUUUGAGGAAAGUGGGUCUUCGAACUUCUGCAGAAGCUGAUGUUGUGCUUGAAUGUGCCAAGAGAGUAGAGUAUCUUGGAGGUGAAUGUAAUAAGCCCAUGGGAGAUCUUGAUGAUCUUGAGACUGAUAUAAUAAAUAUGCCAAAUGAGGUUUCUUUUGAAGUGUGGCUAUUGGCUGAAAAUCUGGUCAAAGCAAUUUUUUCUAAUUUUGCUGUACUUUAUAGCAACAACUUCUGCAAUCUCCUCGGCAAAAUUGCUUGUAUACCUGCUGAAAAAGGCUUCCCGAGUUUAGGUGGCAAAAGAAGCGGGAAAAGAAUGCUGUGUUCAUACAGUGAAGCUAUUGUCUCAAAAGAUUGGCCGCUUGCUUGGAGUUGUGCGCCGAUUCUUUCGAGGCAGAGUGUUGUACCACCAGAUUAUGCUUGGGGACCACUACAUUUAAGGAGUCCUCCAGCCUUUUCAACUGUACUGAAGCACCUCCAGGUAUUAGGGAGAAAUGGUGGUGAAGACACCCUUGCUCACUGGCCAACUGCAUCAGGUCUCAUGACAAUUGACCAAGCCUCUCUUGAGGUAUUGAAAUAUCUUGACAAGGUCUGGGCUUCCCUUUCUUCUGCAGAGAUUAAAGGGCUACAGCAGGUAGCCUUCUUGCCAGCUGCAAACUGUACUCGUUUGGUGACAGCAAGCUCUCUCUUCACACGGUUGACAAUAAAUCUAUCUCCAUUUGCAUUCGAACUCUCUUCAGUCUAUCUCCCAUUUGUGAAGAUUCUUAAAGAGUUGGGGCUUCAGGACUCAUUAUCUGUUGCUUCUGCAAAGAAUCUUCUUUCAGAUCUUCAGAAAGCUUGUGGUUAUCAGCGUCUUAAUCCAAAUGAAUUCCGUGCUGUAAUUGAAAUUUUAUUUUUCAUAUGUGAUGAAGAAAACAGUUCAGAUGUCUCCAGCUGGGAAUCUGAAGCAAUUGUUGCUGAUGAUGGCUGCAGGCUUGUCCAUGCAAAAUCAUGUGUAUACAUUGAUUCAAAUAGCUCUCAUUAUGUGAAAUAUAUUGACACUUCCAGGCUAAGGUUUGUUCACCAAGACCUUCCAGAGAGAAUGUGUUUGGUUCUUGGCAUCAGAAAGCUCUCUGAUGUGGUCAUAGAGGAGCUGCAUCAUGGAGAAGAUUUACACACUUUGGAAUGUAUUGGAUCUAUUUCACUAGCAUCCAUCAAACAGAAAUUAUUGAGUGAAUCAUUUCGAACUGCAGUUUGGAGAGUUCUGGCUAGCCUAGCUAGUGACAUUCCCGGGUUUUGUAUUCCAGACUUGGAAAACGUUAGAAAAUCUUUGAUUUCUGCUGCAGAAACACUGAAGUUUGUCAAGUGCGUAUAUACUUGUUUCUUGCUGCUUCCAAAAUCUUUGGACAUUACCCAGGUUGCAAAGAAGUCAACUCUUCCAGAGUGGGAGGAUAUAUCUCAACAUAGGGCUAUUUAUUACAUCAAUAAGUUGAAAACUUGUGUUUUAAUUGCCGAACCUCCAAGUUAUAUGUCAGUUCUUGAUGUUGUUGCAAUUGUUGUAACUCGUGUUUUGGACUCGCCAGUUCCACUACCAAUUGGACCUAUGUUUCUUUGUCCUGAUGAAACUGAGUGUGCAGUCUCUGAUGUUCUGAGACUGUGUUCUCAUAAAAGAGAUGCUGAGUUUGGAAUUGGAGUAGAAAAUUUUCUAGGCAAAGAGAUACUGCCACAAGAUGCUACACGAGUACAAUUCCACCCAUUAAGACCUUUCUAUAAAGGAGAGAUAGUAGCUUGGCGGUCUCAAAAUGGAGAAAAGUUGAAGUAUGGCAGGGUUCCUGAGAACGUUAGAUCCUCAGCGGGACAAGCACUUUACAGAUUCACGGUUGAGACCUCAUCAGGGGUUACUGAGCCGCUUCUUUCUUCGAACAUUUUCUCUUUCAGAAGUAUUUUGUCUAGUGAUGUUUCAUCAGCAAGCAUGCCGGAGGAUGAUCAUAUAGUAAUUGACAGGAUAAAUGCAGAAAGUUCUGGAGUCAGAUCAAGGCCUUCUCAGCAUCUGGUGCAAGAUCUCCAGCAUGGUCGUGUUUCGGCUGCAGAAUUGGUCCAGGCAGUUCAUGAAAUGCUCUCUUCAGCUGGCAUCAAUAUGGAUGUAGAAAGGCAAUCACUGUUGCAAACAACAUUAACGCUGCAAGAACAACUUGAGGAGUCUCAAGCAGCAUUAUUGCUGGAGCAGGAGAAGUCUGACAUGGCUACUAAAGAAGCCGAUACAGCCAAAGCGGCCUGGUCUUGUCGGGUCUGCUUAAACAACGAAGUUGAUGUCACAAUUGUUCCCUGUGGUCAUGUACUUUGCAGGCGAUGCUCAUCUGCAGUUUCAAGGUGUCCAUUCUGUCGAAUUCAAGUUUCAAGAAUCAUUAGGAUCUUCCGGCCUUGAUCACUCUUUUCUUCUCCGGAGGGCAGGUAUUAGAUUCACUUCUUUUCAAGGAAUUAUAACUUCCUUCAUAGGAACUGUGUUAUAAAAAUUAUAUACUACACAGUGUAUAAAAGCAUAGCAUAUCAAGGAAUAUGAUAUCAUGUAUAGGACAUUGAUAAAGCUUUUCACAGUUAGUGUAUAUUGUAAUGGUCUUUUCCUGUCAGCAUGAAAAUGUUGGCUUAGUUAAUUUCAUUAUUUUGUAUCAUUUCUAUCAUAUUGGAUCUACAAGUUCGACUGAGCAGCUGGAUGUGAAUCGAGCUUACCAAACAAGCCAUCUCCGGUUUAACUUUAUAUGCAAGUCUUGUAGACUGUAGAGUAAUGAUGGUUCUGAGUUGGAUGAUUUUCAGAAUUAAUGAACAUAUAUUUCCUGUUGUGCCAGACUCAA